GCUGACAAAACAACAUUUCCUUUAAAGUCAUCAGUAAACACUUAUUACAAAAUCUUCCUAGGAUUGUGAGGCUGUAUUUUAUGGAAAAUUUGUUGCUUUCCCUAAUUUGUUAUGGAAAAAUUGAACAGUACUGAGAUUGAGAUACCCAAUUAUGACACUUUGGGCUCCUUUGUGGUUAUCUUGACCACCUUCUGGGGCAUUGUGUUGGCUCGCCUUGCCACACAACUACUGAAUAUGCGAGUUAAACCAAAUCUGUGUUACCUGGUGGAGUUUUCCUUGAUAGUGCUGCCCACUGUCUUAUUUGUGACCAUUGCAAGCGAUUACAGUGGACACUUUGUGGCAUUGAUGAGCUUGCUGGCAUUUUGGUUUAUUCAGAAGACACGUUCUUUGCAACGCGCCAAGGAACGUUCCUUAUUCAUACUUGGCCAACGUCCGCAAUUCUUAACCGUGAUGAGAUCCAUGAUUCAGUUGAUUACAUCUGUCUGCAUACUGGCUGUUGACUUCAAUUGCUUCUAUCGACCAUACAGCAAAAGUGAAUUCUUUGGUGCUCAGCUUAUGGAUACUGGGAUUGGAUUAUUUGUGGCUUCGAUGGCAUUCGUUUCCCAUCGACCUAAGACUAAGGCCGAGUUGCAACGUGAAGUUUUUGGUGCCGCAUUGCCAUUGAUUUGCUUCGGCAGCAUUCGCACUUUGAUCGUCAUAGUGUUAAAGUAUCAUCUAGCUGAGCGGGAGUACGGUCGCCAUUUGAAUGCCUUUUUCAUCUUGGGAUUCACCAAGCUCUUUGGCAGCUUAUGCGGCUAUCAACUAAGCAGCGAUGCACAGCUGCUGCCCAUGGGUGUCACUUUGCUUUUUGCCCAUCAAUGCGCUUUGUUAUACGGCAUCUCCGACUACGUGCAAACGGAUAAGAAACCUCCGUUGACACUCUUUCAGUUAAAUCGUCAGGGUCCACUCUCUGUGCCUGGCUUUGUGGCCUUGUAUUUGAUCACCAUUCAUGUCAGCAAAUGGUGGAGACUCAAACCAUUUCUCAACUAUGAGGAGAUGGUCUGGAAAUUGCGGAAAGCAUAUCGUUUAUCGUUGCUUGGCUGGUCACUCACUUUUAUUUGUAGCCACACGAUUGGCAUCUGUCGCGUCACUUGCAACUUGGGCUACGGCUGCUGGAUGUUUGCCAUCUACAUGACCAUGUUCACUCUCUGUCUGUUUGUCUUUGAGUUCAUCAUAAACUCAGUUUAUCCCGUCAAGAAAUUCGAAAAAGAAACCUUGAAGGAGACAACUGUGUGUUGUAAAAGGGACAAAGAACUUGUGUAUACUUAUACUAUUUGCGAAUCGGUUAAUCAACAUGGACUUAUGUUUUUUUUGUUGGCCAAUGCAUGGACGGGUUUGGCUAAUAUGUAUCUCAAUCUGGGUCUUGUAUCUACUUCCAAUUCAGUCGCGAUCCUUGUGCUUUACAUGUUCCUCAACACUGUUGUGGUGCACAGAAAGUAUUGUCAAUAAAAAACAGUC